AUGACAGGAAUUGGCUAUCGAGGACGAAACGAAACUAAAAAUUUAACGCUGUUGUACGAAAAAAGGUUUGUCAACUUCACAGCUCGAAGCAACCUUUCAUACAUCCCAUUCGCAUCGGCUACAAUUAGCCAACUCGGGUGUGGUCGUGCAAUUUACACGUCUAGACAAGAUGGGUCGUCGCCGGGUCGUAUAGAGACAGCUACCGUCGCGAAUACAAUGCCCGUUGGUUUCGGGGAUCGCGUGGAGACCCUUGUCUGCAAUUACGGACCCCUCGAUCGGAAGACACCGAGGGAACUCUACGAAGAUGGUGUGCCAGCUCUUUGUCCACAGGGGACGAUCCGUAGCUUGCGAUACGCAGCACUUUGUCAAAAAGCAGAAGAGUUACCGUCCCGGAAGGUGCACCGUAGGAUUGAAUGGAAUCUGGAAACAACCAACCAAACGACGAGUGGUACAUUCCUGAUUAAACGAGCAAUCUAUCCUGUUCACAUGGUGUUAUUAUUGCUGGCACGCUUGUGUACGUGA